AAUACCAAAAACCAUUAAUAGACAAACCUUUUUACCAUUAAUAGAAUUGGAUUCUUGCAUAGUUGAAUGGUCUGGCUUUAAAAAUAUAGUUUUUUCUAAUUAUUUAACAUUUUCUUCACAAGAGCUACUAUCUGUUCUAAUUCGUAAUUAUUCUGAUAUUUUCUCCAAUAUUAUUAAACUAGUUCACAUUACUAACAGCAUUCCUUUUUCAAGUGUAGAUUGUGAACGUGGGUUUUCUAAACAGAAUACAAUUAAAACUUGUUUGCGUAAUUCAUUAACUACAUUUACUCUAGAUGCAUUUAUGCGAAUUUCAUUAGAGUCAAAAAAAAGUAGUGAAAUGAAUUGGGAUAAAAUAUAUCAUGAAUGGCAUAAGUAA